UAUGAGACCUACGAGUAGAUACUUCAGCCACCUGAGCCCUUUGAUUUGAUGCUCGCUCGUGCUAUUCCCAGUGAACUGUCCUUUGGGCGACUGUGCGUUGGGCCUGUUCCCGCGACAGUGCGUUUCUUCAGCCACUCAAGGCCCAACGAGGUUCCUCCCUCCAAGCGGCGUCGGAUGCUCCAGAGACCCUUAGAGACCUUCGAGCGACCAACCGGACGCGAGCAGCUUGAGCAGUCCGACCGUUUGUACUUCCUUGCAAGACCCACAGAUGCCCAGGGAUCAGAGACAGAGCGCAAUCCCAGAUUUUCCAAGUGGCGAUCUGAACUAAAAAAGUCAAAGUCAGGUCAGGGAUUACUUGAAGCUUUGGCGGAGGCAAUGUGCAGAAAGGAAGUUGAUGCGAGCGUCAUAGGUGCGGCGAUUCAAAAGUGUGGUCAUUCUCGUUGGUGGGAAACUUUGCUCGAAGUACGCCAAAGGCAGUUGAAACAUGGCUUACGUCUGGAAGUCACACAGCAGUGCAUUUUCUUGGCUGCAAUUGCAUCGUGCCUCAAAGAUAGAAGCUUGCCUCCGACUGCUCUUAGCCAGAGAAAGAAAGUGGGCUUUGCGUUGGGAAUAGAGGUAUGGCAAAGCAUGCCGUCUCAGUUGCAUGCAGAUGAUGCAGAUGUACAUACUGUUGCUCUUGGUAGUGUUUUGAGCUUGUGUGAUGCCAUUGGAGACGAUUCUUUGCCUUGGGCCUCCGAAGUGUUGAAGUGGUCAGCUCUACAGCCUUUCAAGAUGCACGUCACGUCCUACACACCCCUGCUUUCACUCUAUGAAAAGAGUGGACUCUAUAGGCAAGUGGAUCAGUUGCUGUGUCAGAUGGCUUCAUCAACUCAGCCACCAAACGUUGUAACUCUUGGUAAUUUGGUCAAUGCGUCUGGCAGCACUCAAAAUUGGAGAAGAGCAUGUUAUUUGUGGAGUACCUUGGUGCACGAGUUUCAGGUCUCUCCAAAUACCGUUUGCUACACCGCUCAUGCAAAGGUAAGCAUUUUGGUUGGAAGACCCGCUGCUGCUCUUCAGACUUUGGACGACUUGCUACGUGCCAGACCACAUCAACUUGACGCAACUGCAGUUGUUUUGUAUUUGCAGGCAUUGCUGAUUGUCUGCCAUUCGAACCUGAGUGAGGCUUGCUUGAAGCAGCUGUCAAAAAGCCUAAAAGCUGCACAUGCAGGGAUCAUGGCUGAUGCUAGCCAAGAAAUGCAGCAGCAAUGGCGCUCCAUGACAAGCCUUGGAUGGAAGCUCCUGCACAACCCAUCAGCACUGCGGUUUAAGGACUUGUUGGUGAUUGACAAUGCCAAGCAUGGCCACAUGAAGGAUUGGAAUGAUCAUCUGGCUGGUGCCAACUACCUCUCAGAGCAAGAACGAAAAGAGAUGGUGUAUGUGUCAGAUCACCAGGCAACAAGUGUGACGGUGAGCUGACACAUCAGGGCGGUUCCUAUUCUCUGUUUCCCUCUAGCAAAGCUGGC